AUGAGUGACGUGUCGAAUCCGGUACGCAAUGCCUUUCUACGCGUCGUCAAGUCGAGUGGUCGCAACGACUGGGUUCUUGGUCUCCCAUGUCAUCUAUUGGAACGCCACGGUGGUUUUGAAAUUGCGCAGUUACGCAAUUAUAAGGACCAGCGAGAGAUACGGAAAGCGAAUGGGGACCAAUAUAUUCUCGUCAUGGAGGAGUUUCCAGCUCAGCUAAAGUGUGCCAAACAAUUGGACGAUGCUCAUCGCAUUGACUUGAUGAUUCGGGGGUUGGUGGAAGAAUCGAGACUUGGGGAUGGGUUGCCCAGGGCUGUGUUUGUUGCUUGCAAGGUCGGUGGUUUAUAUGCAUCGAACCCAGUCAUGUUUGCCGAGAGUGCAUUGACUGGCCAGGAGACUAGACCUGAAUUUUGA